AGGUCUUCACAUCAGAGGACGAGAUCCGUGGCUGCGGGAGGUCUCUGCUGACUGGGGCUGGAGCCUGACUGACCCGACAGUGCGGGUGGGCUAGAGGGAGGUACUCAAGAUCGUGUUAUUAUCCAAAAGAAGCACCUGGAGGAAGAUGAGAGCAUUAUUUCUGCACAUCUAAAAGUCAAGGGGGAGAAGCACGAGGAAGAUUGACCAAUUUUGUAAUUCUAGAAACAUGGUCCAUGGAUCAGUGACAUUCAGGGAUGUGGCCAUUGACUUCUCUCAGGAGGAGUGGGAGUGCCUGCAGCCUGAUCAGAGGACCUUGUACAGGGACGUGAUGUUGGAGAACUACAGCCACCUGAUCUCACUGGGAAGUUCCAUUUCUAAACCAGAUGUGAUUACGUUACUUGAGCAAGAGCAAGAGCCCUGGAUGGUUGUAAGGAAAGAAACAAACAGAUGGUAUCCAGAUUUGGAGUCAAAAUAUGGACCUGAGAAAGUAUCUCCAGAAAAUGACAUCUCUGAAGUAAAUUUACCCGAACAGGUUAUAAAGCACAUAAGUACAACUCUUGGCCUUGAGGCCUUUUAUUUUAGAAACUACUCAGAAUAUGGAAGAUUUGAGGGACUACAGGGGUAUCAAGAAGGACAUAUCAAUCAAAAGAUGAUCAGCUGUGAAAAACUGCCUACUUAUACUUCUCAUGCUUCUCUUAUUUGCAAUACACAUAAACCGUAUGAAUGUAAGGUAUGUGGGAAAUACUUUAGUCGUAGUGCAAAUCUUCUUCAGCAUCAGAGUAUUCAUACUGGAGAGAAACCCUUUGAAUGUAAGGAGUGUGGGAAAGCCUUUCGACUUCACAUACAAUUUACUCGACAUCAGAAAUUUCAUACUGGUGAGAAACCUUUUGAAUGUAACGAAUGUGGAAAGGCCUUUAGUCUUCUUACCCUGCUUAAUCGCCAUAAGAACAUUCACACAGGUGAGAAACUGUUUGAAUGUAAGGAAUGUGGGAAGUCCUUUAAUCGUAGUUCAAACCUUGUUCAACAUCAGAGUAUUCAUGCUGGUGUGAAACCAUAUGAAUGUAAGGAGUGUGGGAAAGGCUUCAAUCGUGGUGCACACCUUAUUCAGCAUCAGAAAAUUCAUUCCAAUGAGAAACCCUUUGUAUGUAAGGAAUGUGGGAUGGCCUUUCGAUAUCAUUACCAACUUAUUGAACAUUGCCAAAUUCAUACUGGUGAGAAACCCUUUGAAUGUAAAGAAUGUGGAAAGGCGUUUACUCUUCUGACAAAGCUUGUUCGACAUCAGAAGAUUCAUACUGGUGAGAAACCCUUUGAAUGCAGAGAAUGUGGGAAGGCCUUUAGUCUUCUCAACCAGCUUAAUCGCCAUAAGAACAUUCACACAGGUGAAAAACCAUUUGAAUGUAAGGAAUGUGGGAAGUCCUUUAAUCGUAGCUCAAACCUUGCUCAACAUCAGAGUAUUCAUGCUGGCGUAAAACCAUAUGAAUGUAAGGAGUGUGGUAAAGGCUUUAAUCGUGGUGCACACCUUAUUCAGCAUCAGAAAAUUCAUUCCAAUGAGAAACCUUUUGUAUGCAGGGAAUGUGAGAUGGCCUUUAGAUAUCAUUGCCAACUUAUUGAACAUUCUCGAAUUCAUACUGGUGACAAGCCAUUUGAAUGUAAAGACUGUGGGAAGGCUUUCAAUCGUGGCUCGAGCCUUGUUCAACAUCAGAGUAUUCACACUGGUGAGAAGCCCUAUGAAUGUAAGGAAUGUGGGAAGGCUUUUAGACUUUACCUACAACUUUCUCAACAUCAGAAAACUCAUACAGGUGAGAAACCCUUUGAAUGUAAGGAAUGUGGGAAAUUAUUCCGUCGUGGUUCAAAUCUUAAUCAACAUCGAAGUAUUCAUACUGGAAAGAAACCCUUUGAAUGUAAGGAAUGUGGGAAAGCCUUUCGACUUCAUAUGCACCUUAUUCGACAUCAGAAAUUGCAUACUAGUGAGAAACCCUUUGAAUGUAAGGAGUGUGGGAAAGCCUUUCGACUUCAUAUGCAACUUAUUCGACACCAGAAAUUGCAUACUGGUGAGACACCCUUUGAAUGUAAGGCAUGUGGAAAGGUUUUUAGUCUUCCCACCCAGCUUAAUCGCCAUAAGAAUGUUCACACAGGUGAGAAGCCAUCUUGAAUGUAAGGAAUGUGGAAAAUCCUUUAAUCGUGUCUCAAACCAUGUUCAACAUCAGAGUAUUCAUGCUGGUGUAAAACCAUGUGAAUGUAAGGAGUGUGGGAAAGGCUUCAAUCGUGGUUCAAACCUUACUCAGCAUCACAAAAUUCAUUCCAGUGAGGAACUCUUUGUAUGUAAGGAGUGGAGGAAGACCUUUAGAUAUCAUUACCAACUUACUGAACAUUACCAAAUUCACACUGGUAAAAAAAAACCCUUUGAAUGUAAAGAAUGUGGAAAGGCCUUUAGUUUUCUGACACAGCUUGCUGGACUUCAGAUCAUUUACACUGGCGAGAAGCCAUUUGAAUUUGAGGAAUGUGGGAAGGCCUUCAAUAGUGGCUCAAACCUUAUUCAACAUCAGAGUAUUCAUACGGGUGAGAAACUCUAUGAAUGUAAGGAGUGUGGGAAAACUUAGAUUUAGUUUGGUCCUGACUGCACAUCAAAGAAUUCAUACUGGUAUGAAGCCCUGUGAAUGUACAGAAUGUGGGAAGACCUUUAGUUGUAGCUCAAACAUUGUUCAACACGUUAAAAUUCAUACUGGUGAGAAACCCUAGAAUGUAAGGAAUGUGGGAAAGCAUUUACUGUGGAUUAUCAGCUUUCUUAACAUCAGAAAAUUCAUAAUCGUUAGAAAUUUUAUGACUAUAAGGAGUGUGGAGAAGCCUUCACUGUGUAUGAAAAAUUUACUCAACACCGGAGAGCUCAUAUUGAUGAGAAAUCUUGUGAACAUAAAAGAAUGUGUGAAGAACUGUCAUCAUGGCCUGGGAUUUGCUCAACAUCAGAGUAUUCAUACUUCCGAGAAAUCUUUGGGUGUAAGGAAUGUGGGGCGUUUUAUAGCCACACUAAAUACCUUAGUGUUUGGAGAAGAUAAUUCUUGUGAGAAAGUCUUUGAAUGAGGAAUAUAGGGUAGUUGUUAUGUUCACAAUAUACUCCCUAUGAAAUACUUUACCAGAUACAGGCAUACCUCACUGAAUUGUGCAUUGCAGUUAUUGUGUUUUAUACAAAUUGAAAGUUUGUGGCAACCCUGUGGUAAGCAAGAUGAUCAGGUCCAUUUUCCAAACAUCAUGUGUGCAUUUCAUGUCUUUAUGUCACAUUUUGGUAAUUCUCAGAAUAUUUCAAACUUUUUCAUUGUUAUGUAUCUAUCAUGGUGAUCAAUAACCAGUGAUUUUUGAUGUUACUAUUGUAAUUGCUUUGGGAUACCACAAAUCCUGCCCAUAAAAGAUGGUAAACCUAGUUGAUACUUGUGGGUUUGGAAAGAAUUGUCAAAUAUACAACCAUAUACCCCCACCUAGAUUCAAAAUUAUUGACAAAUUUGCACGUUUAUUUUUUGUAUAUUUGUUGUACCAUUGAGAAUAAGUUUUAGACAUCAGGACACUUUACCCUUUAUUUAAUCAACAUGUGUAUCACCCAAACAUAAAGACAAAAUCAUAUAGCCGUUGUACCAUAAUUACCCUUAAGGAAACUAUUCAUAAUUCUGUAAUAU